UGAUCACGUGACAGGCACGUUCGCGGAGUCAGUUCAAGAUGUCUCCAAUCGCGGAAAGGCACUUCAGUUCAUUGCAGCUCUUAUUAAAGGCCCCAUCCAAAGACGUAGUACGACAGCUGUGUACUGACAGUUUCCCGUUGAAGACACACAAGUCGCGGGCUCUGGUGGACGGCACCGUGCGGCUCCUGUCUGUGUCCAGUGAUCAAGCGUCGCAGUUGCUGACAGCUUUUCACCUACUCUCGCAUCACGUCGUGUUCCACAACUUAACAACGCCAGAACAAAUCCUGGCCAUUUUCCCAGAUACUUUCCACUCAAACCUCAAAAAUCUCAUCACCAAGAUCCUGCUGGAGCAAAGUGUGAUCUGGAGAAAUGAAGCCUUGGCCAAUCAGAUCUCUUUGCCACAGCUUGUAGAUAUGGAGUGGAGAGUGGACAUAAAGACAUGUUCAGACUCUGUGAGUCGCAUGGCUGUGCCUACCUGUAUUUUGAGCAUGAAGAUCCAGGACUCACCUCAUAUCAACAGCAGUCCAUGUGAGUCUUCAGUUACUGUGGAAUUGAGCAAAGAAACCAUGGACACCAUGCUGGACGGCCUGGGCCGUGUCAGGGAUCAGCUUUCCGCUGUAGCUGGAAGAUAGUUUGGAUCGGCUUCACACUAGAGAUACACACCCAUACCCAAUCUUCAGUUUAGCUACUAAUUACCAGUGUCACUCACUACUCCCUGAUCUCAUAUUUCCAGUCCUCAUACAAAUAGGUUGGAAGACUUUGCAUCAUUUCUGGACUGUCAGCUACACAGCACCAUUGGGCAGGCCAAGUGCUCGGAAAUGCAGUUAGGACCACCUGGAAUUGCUAAUAACUGGCUGAUGUGUUGUAUAAGAGAAUAACCCAGCUAGCAUUCUUGCCUUUGCAGUAGGAACCUACUGCAAGGUCUUCACAGGUGCCCUAACUGACAUUCAAACAGGUUAAUGAAAAUAAUGGUGUGUCUUUCAAUUUCUAAAGGUUUUGUUUUUCUCCAAAAGAAUGCGCUUUACAAUUUAGAAAAUGCAUUAGUUUGCAAACUAACCUUCAGAAUACGCAUAAUGUUGUUACUUUAUGUAAAAAUAACAGCACUGUAAAAUAAAAAAAACAAAACUGA